AUGAUUGGGGCUUGUCCAAAUUCAGUGCUGAUGUCAUUGUUCAUAAGUGCUACCAAGGAAUUCCCGGAGGUAAAAGAUUAUGAAGUGGUUUAUCCCGUAAGACUCCAUCCGCUACGGAAAAGGGAGAUCAAAACACCAGAAGAGAAGGAAACAUUCGAAACUGAAGUAAAGUAUGAAAUGACAGUUAAUGGAAAAAUUGCAGUGCUUUAUUUGAAAAAGAACAAGAAUCUCAUUGCACCAGGCUACACAGAAACACAUUAUAAUUCCACAGGGAAAGAGAUCACUUCUAGCCCUCAAAUCAUGGAUGACUGUUACUAUCAAGGACACAUCCUUAAUGAGCCAGAUUCUGAUGCGAGCAUCAGCACAUGUAGGGGUCUAAAGGGCUACUUCAGCCAGGGGGACCAAAGGUACUUCAUUGAACCUUUAGGCCACACAAAUCAGGAUGAACAGGAGCAUGCACUCUUCAAGUACAACGCUGAGGAAGACAAGGUUAAUGGUACCUGUGGCGCGGAUGAUGUGUCAUGGCCACCUGGAUUGCAGCAGAAUGUGAGCCUGCACAGCACCAGACUGAUUAAGUUGAAUGACCAGAAGCUUCAGGAACGUAAGAAAUACAUAGAAUAUUAUGUGGUCCUGGAUAAUGGUGAGUUUAAGAAGUACAAUGAAGAUCUGGAUGAAAUAAGGAAGAGGGUAUUUGAGAUGGCCAAUCACAUCAACAUGCUUUAUAAAAAACUCAAUGCUUAUGUGGCAUUAGUUGGGAUAGAAAUCUGGACGGACGAGGAUAAGAUAGUGAUAACCCCAAAUGCUUCCUCCACCUUGGAAAACUUUUCUAAAUGGAGGGGGAGAAGCCUGCUCAGCAGAAAGCACCAUGAUGUUGCGCAGUUGAUCACCUCAACAGAGUUGUCUGGAGCCAUGGUGGGCCUUGCCUUCAUGUCCUCAACCUGCUCUCCGUAUCAUUCUGUUGGCAUCAUUCAGGACCACAGUAGCAAUCUUCAUAGAGUUGCGGGGACAAUGGCCCAUGAAAUGGGCCACAACCUUGGGAUGAUUCAUGACUCCUAUGAAUGCAAGUGCCCCUCCACAGUGUGCGUGAUGGAGCAAAGAGUAAGCUUCUAUAUACCCACGGACUUCAGUUCCUGCAGCCGUGUCAACUACUACAAGUUCCUUGAAGAGAAAUCACCAAAUUGCCUCUUUAAUACCCCAUUUCCUGCAGAUAUCAUAUCUACCCCCAUCUGUGGGAACCAUUUGAUAGAAGUGGGAGAGGACUGCGAUUGUGGGACCCCUGAGGAAUGCACCAACAUUUGCUGUGAUGCUGAAACAUGUAAAACCAAAGCAGGGUUUCAAUGUGCGACAGGAGAAUGCUGUGAAAAGUGCCAACUUAGAAAGGCUGGGACUGUGUGCAGACCUGCAAACAACGAGUGCGACCUGCCUGAGAUGUGUGAUGGUAAAUCCAGUCGCUGCUCCAGUGAUAGAUUCCGAGUCAAUGGCUUCCCUUGCCAAAAUGGGCGGGGUUACUGCUUGAAUGGGCGGUGCCCUACGCUGCAGCAGCAGUGCACAGAGAUGUGGGGCCCAGGAACCAAGGCUGCAGAUGAGUCCUGUUACCACAAGAAUGAAGAUGGGUCCAAGUAUGGAUACUGUCACAUAGAAAAUGACACUCGCAUUCCCUGUAAAGCAAAAGACAUCAUGUGUGGCAAGUUGUUCUGUCAAGGUGGGUCAGGUAAUUUGCCCUGGAAAGGAUUUAUAAUAUCUUUCCAGACAUGUAAACUAUUUGAUCCUGAAGAUACAAGUCAAGGAAUAGACAUGGUGGCCAAUGGAACCAAGUGUGGGAAGAACAAGGUGUGCAUGAAUGCAGAGUGUGUGGACAUGGAGAGGACCUACAAGUCGACCAAUUGCUCCUCCAAGUGCAAAGGACAUGCGGUGUGUGACCACGAGCUGCAGUGUCAGUGUGAAGAAGGAUGGGCGCCUCCGGACUGCGACGACUCUUCCACCGUCUUCCAUUUCUCCAUUGUGGUUGGAGUGCUGUUCCCAGUGGCAGUCAUAUUUGUGGUGGUUGCCAUAGCAAUCCGGCACCAAAAUGCCAGAAGAAAGGGGAAGAAAGUUCAGAGGCCACUAUCCCCCACUGACACCGGGCCACACAUGCAGAAGAGUAAGCCCCAGAUGGUGAAGGCCAUUCAACCCCAAGAGAUGAGUUGGAUGAAGCUGUGUGUCUCUGCUCUGCCUGUGGAAGGCAGUGUGCCUCUGCUUCUCUUGUGA